AUGCCAGAAGAUCAAUUACCCCAGAAACUGAAUGAUUUUUGGUCAGAAAAGUAUAAACGUGAAAGUCAAAAGUCAUGGGAUAAGUUUUAUAAGCGAAACGAAACUCGAUUUUUCAAAGAUCGUCAUUGGUUGAACCGUGAAUUUGAUUCUUAUUUUGGUAUUCCAGAAAACGAGCCGCGUACGAUAUUGGAAGUUGGCUGUGGAGUCGGCAACCUGGUUUAUCCCCUUUUGGAGUGCCAGCCUAAUCUAAAGGUCUAUUGCUGUGAUUUUUCGUCGAGAGCAGUUGAGUUCGUCCAAAAAAACGAGAACUACGAUGCCGAACACGUUUUUCCAUUUGUGUGUGACAUCGUUGAAACACCUUUGGUCAACUUUGUGCCUAAUGCAUCAGUGGAUACAGUGACCGCAAUUUUCGUUUUGUCCGCUAUUCCCUACGAAAGACAGCUACAGGCUUUCAAGAACAUCAGUAGUGUAUUAAAGCCUGGAGGACAUCUUGUUUUUCGUGACUACUGUGAAGGUGACUAUGCGAAGGAGAAGUUUCUCAAUUCUAAAGAACCCUCAAUGAUUGACGAGCACACAUUUGUUCGACAAGACGGUACCAUAUCGUACUUCUUCGACGAAAAACGUGUAGAUGAGCUAGCCAGUGAUGUUGGCUUAGAAAACAUUUCGUUAGAACGUGUUCAACGGAGUGUGGACAACCGUAAACGGGAAUUGAGCAUGCAACGAGUGUUUUUGCAAGGUGUUUGGCGUAAAAAAUAUUAA